AUGGGAAAGAGAGUGAUGAUGAGCCUCCUGGUUAUUGUAAUUGUCAUGUGCUUUGGAGUCAUGGCAAUGGCUAUGAACUUCGAUCAUCACCAAGACGAGGACUGGGAUCAGAGAGAAGAAAAUUGGGAUGCGCAACACAGAGGGCAUCACCAUUGGUUCCUUUUGCAACGAUCUAGACUACUGCUGAGAACUAAAGCUGGGGAAAUGAGGGUGGUGAGGAGUGUAGGUAGGAGAAUGGUUCAUAGGCAUAUCAAUGUUGGGUUUCUCUCCAUGGAACCUAACUCUCUUUUCAUCCCUCAGUACCUUGACUCCAGUCUGGUCCUCUUUGUCCACACAGGGCGAGCAAAUGUGGGACUCGUACACCAUCAUGAACUCGGAGAGAGGCAAUUGAAGGCUGGGGAUUUGUACAGAAUCCCAGCUGGUUCAACAUUUUACUUGCAGAAUGUUGAGGAGGGCCACAGACUUGAGCUCAUUCUCAGCAUUGACACAUCCGAGGGUUUGAGAAUGGGUACUUUGGAGAAUUUCUUCAUUGGUGGAGGAAACUACCCAAAAUCUGUCCUUGCUGGGUUCGAUUCUGGAGUACUCACAAGUGCAUUUAACGUCUCAACUUCAGAAUUAAGGCAUGUAUUGUCAAGGCAACACCAGGGUCCAAUUGUAUCUCUAAAUAAUUCCCAAUCAUCAAACCUAUGGAAAAAAUUCCUAAGCAUGGAAGAGCAUGACAGACUACAAGAACUAAAGAAAAUGGUCGACUUCCCACAAGAACAAGAGCAAACCCAACCAUGGUCAUGGAGGAAACUCUUGAUCUCUAUGUUCGGAACAAUCGAAAACGAGAAGAGGAAGCAGAUUCAUCACGAGCACGCCCAGGAGGCCUACAACCUCUACAACAGGAAGCCGGAUUUCAAGAACAACUACGGAUCGAGCUUGUCAGUUGAUGAAUCUGAUUACUCGCCCCUACAAAGCUCCGGCAUUGGCGUUUACCUUGUGAAUCUUAAGGCAGGAUCGAUGUUGGCACCACAUGUGAAUCCAACUGCAACAGAAUACGGCGUCGUUCUAAGAGGCUCAGGACAUCUGCAGAUUGUGUUUCCAAAUGGAACCUUGGCAAUGAAGGCAAACCUAAAGCCAGGGAGUGUGUUCUGGGUGCCGAGAUACUUCCCAUUUGUCCAAGUGGCUUCAAACAAGGAGCAACUUCAUAUUUUCGGGUUCACUACCUCGUCGCAGCCGAACCAUCCACAAUUUUUGGCCGGUUCUACCUCGAUGCUUGAAGCUCUAAGAGGUCCGGAACUUGCAGCUGCUUUUGGUGUGAGUGAGGGGAGGUUGAACCGUUUUGUUAAUGCUCAGCGCGAAGCUGUCAUCUUGCCUUACAAUGCGGAGAGGCAUCCAAAGGCAGAUGGGAUCCCCAUGGCAGACUGGUGA